ACUUAUUAUGAAUAGGAGGGAAUAGUAGAUAUUAUACAAUUUUUUGUAGUUAUCUACACUAAUAUUAUAUUUAAGUCAAAGUAUCUCAUCCGAGGGUGCACAAUAUAAUUAUAUACAAGGAUGUAGUUGUAAGACUAUAAUAAUAAUGAUAACUAGGCUAAAUUUAUUUCAUUUGAUUGACAAAUAAACGGUUUUGCUCUCAUUCUGUUGUCUUUAAAAUGUGGCUUGACAUUCACAUACACUACUCACAGUGGUUGAGCAGUUGAAAUAUCAUAUUAACACAUGUAUGGUUGAGUAGUUUGAAAUAUCACAUUCUUAUCAGAUUAUUACAUUGUGUAGUUAAAAUAUCAUAUUAUUAAUGUAGAUAGAUUUUUGUGGAAAUAAAAACAAAGAACAAAAAAAUAAUUCAAGUCCAUAUUAUAUUCAUUUGUUUGGCUGAGCCAAUAAGAAAUAUAUUUUCUCCUAUUUAUGAAAAAAAUAAAAUCACCAAAAAUAAUAUAAAAUAGCCAUAUAAAGUAUCUUAAUAUCAUUAUGUUGGAUAUGAAUCCAACUUGUAUUGGUUGAAUUUGGUUGUUAAAGUGAGUUAUUUCGAAUAAAGUUCAUUGCUGACUAGAUGAUUUUGAGUUUGUAAUUGAAUGUUAUUUAAUAUAUAAUUAUUGGAGUUGAUGUGAUAUAAAAAUAGAAGAGAUGUGAUUGGAAAUGAUUGGUAGCUAAAAUUAUAUGUAUGGAUGAAUAAUGAUUUUAAAUUGAUGUGCUGUGUGAAAUGAUUCAUUCGUAUUAUUUAAUUGUGUUUUAUAAAAAAUGUAAGAGUUGUAUUAAAUCAAAAUUUGAGUUAGAAGAUAUAAAAUAAAAUAAUUCAAUCAGUCAAAACCGAUUGAAACAUGCUUUGUCUCAUAUCUAAACAUGCCCUAAAAUUUUCUCAAAUCAUAUACUUGCGUGAGAUUUCUAAUAAUUCCGUAUAUAUGACUUUGUUAUGGAGUUUCUGACUAUAGAUGUUUGUGUGUAUGUCUGAAGUGAACAUAGUAUCAUAUUAUACGAUCAUAAACAAAGUUUUCGUUUUGGGUCAUAUUAUUUUGGUUCAUAUUAAGGACCAUUUGUGUGCACUACACAAUGAAAAUGUGUAAAGUUUUGGUGUAUGGAUAGGGAAUCCACAAUUCAAUACUCGAAACACGUAGAAAUAUUGGGUAAUAAUCUGCUUGGGAUAUUGUCCGAGGCGCUUGGGCUCAAAACUAAUCACCUGGAAAAUAUGGAGUGCUCCAAGGGGCACAGACUCCACUGCCAUUAUUACCCUGCUUGUCCCCAGCCAGAACUAGCCAUUGGUAUAUCAAAGCAUUCAGAUAUUGGAUUUCUUACCAUUCUUUUGCAAAGCCAAGGCAUAAGUGCUCUACAGGUUUUAUAUCAAGGCCAAUGGAUUGAUGUACACCCCACUCCUGGAGCUUUAGUAGUCAACAUUGGUGAUCUUCUCCAGUUGGUAUCAAAUGGGAAAUUUAAAAGUGUUCAGCAUAGGGCGAGAGCCAGCCACAUAGGCCCAAGAAUAUCGGUGGUAUGCUUUUUCUCUGGGCCUGCUGAUGCGUCUAAAGUUUACGGCCCAAUUAAAGAACUGAUAUCGGAAGAAAAUCCGCCGUUAUAUAGAGACGUUGUAGUAGGUGAAUAUUUUUCCAAAUUCCUUAGCACUGGACUUGACGAUUACCGUGGCCUUGAGUAUUACCAGCUGACGGUGGGAAACUGCGAAGAUGGUCUUGCCAAAAAAAAAGAAUUGAAAUUAAUGGCAUCAGAAAAUGAAGAGAGGUUGAGAAUGCUGAAGGCAUUUGACGAAACGAACGCGGGCGUGAAGGGCCUAGUCGACUCGGGCAUCCAGAAGAUUCCGGAGAUCUUCGUUAGACCGUUAGACGAGCUGGCGAAAUGUGAAAGUAAGCAACAACAAUCGGCUGUCCAUGUUCCGGUAAUCGAUAUGGGGGACAUAAGACUAAAUCGAAAGAGGAUUGUGGAGCAAGUGAAAAUUGCCUCUGAAGAGUGGGGAUUUUUCCAGGUGGUGAAUCACGGGGUCCCACAAGACGUGAUGGACGGGAUGAUUUGUGGGGUCCGCAGCUUCAUGGAGCUUCCUGUGGAGGAGAAGCGCAAAUACUACACGCGGGAUAACACUCGGCCCGUAAGGUACUCAAGCAGCUACGAUCUGUUCAAGUCCAAGACUGCCAGCUGGCGCGAUACCCUAACCAUCUCCUUUUCUGGGCCUAACCCGACCGAUCCAACUCACUUGCCCGAUUCCUGCAGGGAAUCGUCGAUGCAAUACUCGAAACACGUAGAAAUAUUGGGUAAUAUUCUGCUUGGGGUUUUGUCGGAGGCUCUUGGGCUGAAAACUAAUCACUUGGAAAAUAUGGAGUGCUCCAAUGGACACCGUCUCCACUGCCAUUAUUAUCCGGCUUGUCCUCAGCCACAACUGGCCAUUGGGACAGCAAAACAUUCUGAUGCUGGAUUUCUUACAAUUCUUUUGCAAAGCCAAGGCAUAAGUGCUCUACAGGUUUUGUAUCAAGGCCAAUGGAUUGAUGUACACCCCACUCCCGGAGGUUUAGUAGUCAACAUUGGUGAUCUACUCCAGCUGGUAUCCAACGGAAAAUUCAAAAGCAUUGAGCAUAGAGCAAUCACUAGCCACGUAGGCCCAAGAAUUUCUGUGGCAUGUUUUUUCUCUGGGCCUGUGACUGCGGCUAAGGUUUACGGUCCAAUUAAAGAGCUGAUAACCGAGGAAAAUCCACCCAUUUACAGAGAGGUUUCAAUAGGUGAAUAUGUCGCCAAAUUCCUCAGCUCUGCACUUGAGGAUUAUCGUGCUCUUGAUUAUUAUAAGCUGACCGUGUGAAGAUGUCCAUGAACAAAUCAUAAACAUCGUAACUUUAGUAAGUUGGUUUACACAUUAUUGUCCAAAAAUUUAAAAAUGUUUUGUCAGUUAAUAUUUGUAACAAUGGAUGCUCAAGUUUGUCUGAAGAUGUGAUUAUUUGUUAUGGGUUGUUAAAUGCGUAGUUGUGCAAAUUGUUUGAGAUUUGUUAACCAAUAAUAUUAAAAUUUAUAAUCAGUUUGAUGCACUGUUUUGUGAC